AUGGACGCCCCCCAGAAGGACAGGCUCGAUGAAGCCGACACCGGCCUCUAUCCCGGUGCCGGCUCUUCGGACAUCGACGCCCGGGACCCGGUCCUCGUCGACGCCGCCGCCGAGAAAAAGAUUGUCCGGAAGCUGGACAUGCACAUCAUCCCGCUCGUGAUGCUCCUCUACCUGUUUAGUUUCCUUGACCGCGUCAACAUUGGCAACGCGCGCCUCUACAACCUCGAGCGCGACCUCGACAUGCACGGCAACCAGUUCCAGGUGGCCGUGUCGAUCCUCUUCGUCACCUACAUCAUCUUCGAGGUGCCGUCCAACCUCGUGCUCAAGCUCUUCACGCCGCGCCGCUGGAUCGCCUUCAUCACCGUCUCGUGGGGCGUCAUCGCCACCCUCACCGGCCUCGUCCACUCGUACGGCGCGCUACUCGCCUGCCGCCUCCUCCUCGGCGCCGUCGAGGCCGGCCUCUUCCCGGGCCUCAACGUCUACCUGACCUUCUUCUACAGCAAGCACGAGCUCGCCCUGCGCGUCGGCUACCUCUUUGUCAGCGCCGCCAUCGCCGGCGGCCUCGGCGGCCUGCUGGCCUACGCCAUCGGCCACAUGGACGGCGUCGAGGGCCUCAGCGGAUGGAGAUGGAUUAUGGUGAUAGAAGGGCUGCCGACCGUUGUGCUCGGCGUCAUCACCUACUUUGCGCUGCCCAACGACGCGGCGACGGCCUACUUCCUAACGGACGACGAGAAGGCCGUCAUGGCGAGGCGGAGGGCGCGCGAGUACGGCAACACGAGCAGCGCGCAGGAGUUCAGCCGCGACGACAUGUUCAAGGCCUUCAUGGACUGGAAGGUCUGGGUAUUUAGCAUCGCGCAGUUUGGCGCUGACACGAUGCUUUACGGCUUCUCAACGUUCCUCCCGACCAUCAUCAACGGCCUCGGCACGUGGACGGUCGCGCAGGUGCAGCUGCUGACGGUGCCGUGUUACUUCCUCGGCGCCGUGGUGUACAUGUGCAUGGCCUUCCUCUCGGACCGCAUGCAGCGGCGCGGCCUAUUCUGCGUCAUCUUCGGCAGCAUCAGCGUCAUCGGCUACGGCGUGCUCAUCUCGCCGUCGUCCAACGGGGUGCAUUACUUCGGCUGCUUCCUCGUGGCCGCGGGGCUGUACGUCGUUGUCGGGCUGCCGUUGGCAUGGCUGCCCAACAACUCCCCGAGAUACGGCAAGCGGACGACGGCCAGCGGCAUGCAGCUGACCAUCGGCAACUGCUCCGGCGUCAUGUCGUCUUUCAUCUACCAAGCCGUCGACAAGCCCAGGUACAUCCGGGGCCACGCGGUGACUCUGAGCAUGGUCGGCAUGGCCACGUGCCUGUACGGCUUCCUGUGGUUCUGGUACUCGCGGGAGAACAAGCAGCGCGAGGCCGGCCGCGUCCAGAGCAAGUACGCCGACCUCUCGGACGACGAGCUGGCCGAACUGGGGGACGAGAGCCCGCGCUACCGGUACACGAUUUGA